GCCACCCCCUCCCUCCGCCCCGCAGUGCCGCAUCCGGGCGCUCGCUCUUCCGCAAAUGUCGACUGAGCCUCCUACCCACCCCUGCCGUAGGGGCGUGCGGGCCUGUCGGGGACGCGCAGAAGAAAAGAGGAAGCAAAGAGCAGCUGAGAUUUUAGACGUCAGUGAACGCGGUGGUGUAAACGAGACCGGCAUCGACCUGUGUCCGGCUGCAUCACAGGGAGCCGGCCCAGCGGGGCAAAGAAAACCAUUUUUUGAGAAGCUCCGUAGACUAGAAGAGCAGUUUCGGAGCUUCCAAGAGGUGGCCUUAACACACCUGCAGGGCAUCGCCAGCAACUACAAAGUGUCCUACAACGUGGACGUGCGGUUCCAGACCCUGGAGGAAGACAGCCGGGCUAUGGCUCUGGCGAUCAACCAGUCACAGGCCACUGUGCAGAGGGACCUGGCUCACCUGAAGACCUGGAUGAGGAAGAUCCAGCACAGAAGCCGAAAAGUAGACACGAGGUUGCAGGCCUUGGACCUCGCCCUGAGUGAGGAGGGCACGCGGCGGGCACGGGAGAGGAAGGAACAGAAGGCAGAGAGGGACGCCAUCUCGGGCCUGGCCCUGGCUGUGCGGGCUCUGUAGGACACGCUGGCCCACCUGAUGGUCCCCGUCCACAGGCAGGGCGCCAGGCUGUAUGCUCUGGAUGGGCGGCAGGCGGCCAACUCUGGCACCACAGCCCCAGGGCCAACCCCAGCCCUGACCCAAGCCCAGCCUGAGUCAUCAAGGCCAAGCUAUCUGAAGCUGCAGAGGGACUGGCAGGUGCUCAGAGCUUCUCCUGAGCACAGGAACCCCCGUCAGGACUUUGCUGCCUGUCUCCAAGGGACAGGGGAGCCCUCAGCCCCAGGCAGUCAUUGGGCACCUGGUGGGGCUGCUGCAGCCCUGAGAGAGCCACCUCAGCAGGAACAGCUGCCCCAGAGACCAGGAGAGAUUUGCAGCAUGGGCCCUGUGCUUGUUUUCCCCAACACCUCCACUGAGAACAUGGUUGUCCUCAGCCCCGGUUUCCUCACAGCCCUACGGGCUCUAUCCUUCUGCAGCUGGGUCCGCACGUCCUCUGGCCACCUGGGUACCCUCCUGUCCCAUGCCACCAAGGAGAACGACAACAAGCUGGUGCUGCAUGGCCGAGACUCCCUGGUCCCUGGCUCCAUGCACUUUGUGAUUGGAGACCUGGCCUUCAGGGAGCUGCCACUGCUGGACGGCCAGUGGCACCAAGUCUAUAUCAUCUGGACAUCCAUCCAGGGCAGGUACUGGCUGCACAUAGACCGCAGGCUAGUGGCCACCGGCUCCCAUUUCCGGGAGGGCUAUGAGAUCCCCCCUGGAGCCCUUGUGCUGGGCCAGGAGCAAGACCAUGUCGGGGGUGGGUUUGACAGUUCGGAGGCCUUUGUGGGGAGCAUUUCUGGCUUGGCCAUCUGGGACCGGGUGCUGGGUCCUGGGGAGGUCACAAACCUGGCCACUGGGAAGGAGCUCCCAGCAGGCGCCAUCUUGAUGCUGACGGAAGGUGCAUUACUGGGUGGAUUCGUGCACAGGGCCAACUGCACCUUCCUGGAGCACUGUGCCUGAGGCCAUGCCCCAUGGGGGCUGUGGUCAUGCUCUGAGCCAGCGAGGGGAGCAAGCCCCACCAUGCUCACCACCCUGACCCAGCGCUUCCACAAGGCACCUGGCUGCCGUCCUGGCUGUGCACACCUGUUCACUAACUCCACGUUCACACUAGUGUCGUGUGGCAGGGGGUGGACAGGAAACACAGAGUGGAAGAAAGAGGGCCCACAGGAAGUUCAGGUCCACCGAGACAGCCUUCUUCCCAUUGCGGCGGUGUUCUUACGUGUGGCAUCUUCAAAGCCUCUGGUUGCUUUGUUCUCUAUAGCAUGAAGUUCUCUGUAGCAUGGUUUUUGUGUCUGGUUUUUCUCUCUCUGCGUGAUGGUUUCCAGGCUCAAGCAUGUAGCAGCAUGUCAGUGCUUCACUCCUUUUUUAUGGCUGAAUGAUAUUCCAGUGCACGGAUGGAGCACAUUUUAUUUCUCUGUUCACCCGCUGAUGGACGUUUGGACUGUUUGCAGUUUUGGGUUAUCGUGAAUAAAGCUGCCAUGUGCACUGC